AUGGCUGGAUCCCUCCUGGAUGGACUGCGCUAUGGCAGCUUUAUGCGGGAGGAGGAAAGCAGCAGCGCCUUUGGCUCGCAGACCGAAGGCAGGACCGGCGUUCCCAGGUUCAACGGGGAGCCGGGCAAGUACAAUGAGUGGAAGUUCCGAGUCAAGGCCCGGCAGCGAAAAGAGAAGCAGAUGCCCGAGGAGGAGCUCAAGAAGGCCGGGCACCUCGGACUACGCCUUCUCGAAGGACUGUCUGGCCAUGCUCUACAGUUGGUGCAGCUGAUGGACAUGAACAAGAUCGACGAUGCAAAUGGUGCCGACUACUUGCUCAACGAGCUAGAGACGAAGUUGCGACCACGGCGCCAGCAGCAAGCCCGGGAGCUAUAUGAGGCGGGUGCCCGCGUUGGUGGAUACCUGUCUCGGCAAGGGCAAGAGCCGAUGGUCGAGUACAUCUUGAGGCGCCGGGCUUGGUACCAACAGCUGUGCGACUUGAGCAGCGAACUGAAGCUGCCCGACACCAUCCUCGCGGAGCAGCUCCUGGACAACAGCAACAUCUCCGAGGACCACAAGCUCCUCGUGAGGGUCACCUUGCAGCAGAAGAUGACUUUUGAUGCUGUGGCAGAUGAACUUGUGAACCAGCACGGCCGCACACACGAAAGGUUUUCUACAAGCGGCCCGCCACGAAGGAGCUUUCCGGAUGGACGCGGCACCUGGAAGCCGCACUGGCAGCAGCGAGUGCCGAAAGGGCCGGCCAAGGGGACCAAAGGCAGAUCCUAUGCCUUUCUGGCCGAGCCCCCGCUCGACGAGGAGUACGGGGACUAUGGCGACGAGGUCGACUACGACGCCGCUCCCGAGGGCUUUGGCUACAUGUCCCACGGCGACCUGGACGAGACCACCUACAGCCUUGACUUUGACUCCGGGAAUUUCGCCGAGGAGCACCUGGCCUACCUCCUGGACAACGGUCUGGACCCCGAGGACACUGAGGCCGGGCACUUCGCAGCGGACGUGAUACAAGCUGAAGAGGAAGCCUUCUGGAGCCGCAAGGGUGCGAGUUCUAAGGGACAUGCGCCUAUGAAGCCCCCACCUUUCGAGAUCAGCGGCACCUUCAGCAUGGAUGAAAAGAAGGCAAAAUUGCUACAGCUCAAGGCGCGGACCACGUGCCGAAAAUGCGGCAACGUGGGGCACUGGAGUGGAGAUGCACAGUGCCCACUGAACAAGGGCAAGGGCAAGACCAAGAAUCCUCGUGCCGGCGCACCCUCCUCGAGCCUUUCCUCUACUGGCUGGGCUGGUCGUGGCCACCCGCCUGGGCGUGGAACCUCACACGCUGGGCGCGGCUCUGGCAAGGACAAGCCAAGGACAGUGUACUUUUCCAUAAAGGAGGGCGGCAACGAGGCGCAGCAUGGUUACCUUGCUUUUCGAACCCCCGACCGCGGACGAGCUGGCUACAACGCGGUGCCUCCACCCUCUUCCUUGACGACGCCACCGGCUACCACGACGGCACCGACGGUUUCCCGGGACUAUGUGGACCUUACCGACGAGAAUGCGUACCCGGAGGACCGCUACUACAUGGACCCAGCCGCUCACCACCAAGGACGGCGACAAGAGCAGCCCGAGAGCAGAGGCGGAACCGAGACCGCCAUCACCACCAGCACCUGGGAGCUGGUUACAGCAGAGCAGAACCUAGCCUACAGCUACGAGGCCCCCGACGUGGACAUGGAUAUCCUACUUGAGGCUCUCAGGCCUGACCCCGCGGGCGAGGCUUCGACAACGUUUUCGCCAACGAUCCCCUUGGAAGACCGACGGCCACAGCCAGCGAUCCCUUUGGAAGACCGACGGCCACAGCCACAGCCCCACGUGGCAAACGAGGAGCCAGCACCCUCGACAUCCACUCCGGAGCCACCUUUGACCGGAACACCGGCAACGAGCAGCACUACCACGACGAGCCCCGCGCCACCUUUGCCCAAUUCUACGCGGAGAACCUGCGCACACAGCAGAACAACUACCGUUGGAAGCAACCAGCACUACUUCGUGCGCAAGUGUGCCCUGUGUGGGGAAGUUCUGGAGCGCACCAAGAAGCAGACAACACCUACUACCAGCACACCCUCGGCACCGGCAGCUGGGCGAUGCCAGCACCACCGGGUGCACUGGAAGGGCAGCAAUGGCUACGUGCGUGUGCGGACGUGUGUCGACUGUGGGCACCGAGAAGUUUUUCCCAACAACCCGGGUGCCACCACAGCACCAGCAGCUUCGACUACCACGGCGGCACCCUCUUCCUCGACUUCGACCUUCACCUCGUGCCCUACUACAACCUUGUCUCGCGAGGAAGUGCAGCUUGUGGUGCAGACCUUCAACGAGGCAGUGGCCCGAAAGAUGGCACAGAACGAGGCCGGCGACAUCCCCGCCGACCGGCUGCUACAGGCCCUGCGGCUGACGAUUGACCAGGUCACUGUGUGGAAACCCCCGCGAGCGCAACCACAAGCACCACGAGCCCCGGAGCAGCCAACCGCGGAAGAACGUUUGCAAGCACGUGGCGCGACACUUGCCGAUGCCGGGAAGUACAAGGGACAAUCCUACCUGACUGCCUACCACGACCGUAACUACCGCGACUGGUGCUUCGAGUAUAUCAACGAUCGGAGCCACCCAGCGAUGAAGCGCAUGGUCCAAUUCUUCAAGGAGUACGACAACCACCUUGGACAACCACGAGCUUACAUGGCCACCGAAGGCCCACCUGACGACAUGUCCGAGGAGAACGACCUGGUGGCGAUACUGGACACCUGGUGCAGCCAGACCUGCCAUGGGGACCGGAAUCGGCGGAUCGAUGCGUACCGCCGGGGACCCGCCGUCUUGAACUUUGCCUGGAGGGCUCCUCUGCUACUUUCCCUGCGUGCACAACAAGCUCUUGGACUGGUGCUGGAUUUGAACGCUGAGGUUGCUCACUCCCAGCUGCUCGGAAAGGACCUCAAGCUCGUCAUCAAAGACGGGCUCCUUGGGCUACGCCUGCUACCCGCAGACCUGGCAGGAGAGCCCACCGUUGACAUCGACACGGAGACCGGCGACCACACUGGCAACCCCGACGGCAACGGCAACCACAACGACGGCAACCACCUUGACCAUAGCAACGGGCAAGACUCCGAGGACGACCGAGGCAACGACACGCACCACUACCCCGACACCUCUGGCGAGAGCGGUGCCUACCUUGCAAUUGACAGCCUCCGACACCGACCGAUGACCAAAAGCAUGGUGGCGAAGGUUGGUCAAGGAGUUAAAGACGUGGGCGCUGCCGACCGCAUCCUCUGGAACCAGUUGUUUGCUGGUGCGGCCGUGCUCUCCCACGCGGCUGCCUACACCUACGGGCUCCCGAUCAGCAGCCCAAUCGAUAUUCACCACGGCCCUGGGCACAGCCUCUUCCACAAGGACGGCCGCGACGCCGUUGACCGGAUCAUUGAGAAGGACGACCCCUACGUGAUCACCUGCCUCGUGGACCACAUCAUGCCGAACCCCUGGGCCACGCUCUCUCAACCUGGGGCUUCGUGGCAGGACUGUGUUCGGGAACGUCGCAAAUGGACCCCGGUGAUAGAAUGGCUGCAAGGAGUUGCUCGAAAGCGUCUGGAAAAGGGGCGGCAAGUACUACUGGAGCAUCCGUGGGGACAUUCCCUUUGGACUCUGCCGCUCAGCCGCAGUUUCUUGCAAGGACCACCCGUCGACGAGAGCACCGGCGAGCCCCUGGAGACCAUCUUCGUGAAGGACACCCACGGAGGAGGAGAAAACACAAGGGCGUACCUCACUGCCACUUCCCCGCUGAAGGAGAGGCUUGUUCAGCAGAAGGGGAUGCCAGAACCGCAACCACUUAUCGAUACCUUUCUGACAGCUCUCGACAACGUGCACGUGGAGACCGCCUUUCCGGCCGAGGCCGAGAUUGAGGACGAGUUGUUCGAGGAAGAGAGCACGAACCCUGGGAACCUCGAUGGCAUCUUCAGUGAUACUGACCUAUCUUCCGAGAACCUCGGGGGCAACACCACCUAUGGCAACAGGCGCCUGGCGGAACAAAUGGACACCAUUGCGGAGGAGACGGAGGAGCCUCCGCUUCCCGACGAGGAGGCGGCACCCCUCCUGGAAGCCCGGGCAGCCUGGAGGAAACUUCCACGAGAACAACGUGUUGCCCUUCGGCGGCUACACACCAUGACCGGCCACAGCAGCCCCGCAGCUAUGCAAAGACUUCUUCGGACCGCGAACGCCGACCCGGAGGCGAUCAAGGCACUGAACCACUUUUAUUGUCCAGCCUGUUCUGCCAUGCAAAGGCCCCGGGAGCCGCGGCCGGUGAAGAUACCCCACGACUAUAUCUUCAAUAAGGAUGUGGCCGUGGAUGUGUUCGUGCUCAAGGACGCCCGAGGAAUCAAGUUCAAGUUUCUGUCGGCCGUUGACAACGGCACCCUUUUCCAUGCCGCCUGGCUUGUUGGAGAAGGCCCGGGACCACCGUCUUCAACAGAAUGCACAGACAAGUUCCGAGAUGGUUGGCUGUCUUGGGCCGGACCCCCUGAGGCGAUCUCCCUCGACCGUGGCACAGAGAACCGCGGAAAGUUUCAGGCCAUGGCCAAAGGUGAGCGGCAGGGCAGCAUCUUAAAGGACAUCAUGAAGCGUGUUGUCGCCGCCCGACAGCUCACCGGACGUGAGGCCAUGGAGAUGCUGGUGACGGAGGCCACGAGUGUGAAGAACAACCGGCUCCACCACGCCGGGUUUACCCCCUCUCAGUGGGUCCUUGGUCGUCUGCCCACCGAAGUGGACUCUCUCACGGCGACUGGCUCAGAGAAGUUUCUUGGCCAGCAGCAGGAGAUCGAGGACGGCGAGACCGCCUUUGCAAAGCGAAUGGCUCUGUGCGGUGCUGCGCGAGAAGCCUUUGCGCAGACUGACUCUUCAGACCGAGUCCGGAGCGCACUCCUUCGGAAAAGUGUUCCCAUGAGGGGCCCGUUUGUACAAGGUGACCUCGUUUGCUUUUAUCGUCGUGCCGGACGAGGCCCUUUCAAGUGGCAUGGGCCGGCACGGGUGAUGUGGGUCGUGCACGGGGGCAUUCCAAUGACUGUGUCCAUGGAGAACUGCCGUUAUGCUACCGGGUCCGAAGCCUAUGCCAAACGGCAGCUGGAGCUGAGACCCAGCCGCAAACGAAGACGAGAAGACUUGGCGGAACACGACCCAGAGGAGCACGGCUACCCCUUCGGCGACGACCUCAGUGGUGGUGUGAUCUCGGAGGGCAACCAGCGCAACUACUUCGACUAUGCAUGUCCAGAG